AUGGAUGAAAAUAUGGAGUCUCAUAAACCCAAUUACUUCCCCUCCAUUCCUCCGGGGGCUCAUAUCAAUCCUAUAUACUUGGCAGCGCCGCAACAGCAGCAGCAGCCUCAGCAUACAACGAGAGCUCAGGUCUACAACCAGGAGCCUUGGGUUGAGUCGCCCUCUACCGGCAGUCGAGGAUCUUCCUCAGCGGGAUCGCAGCAUGCCAAGAAAUUGACUGGUCUCCGGUAUUACCGCGGCGAUUCUCAAUCGCAAUUACUCGCUGCGGGGACUGAUCAUGACGGAAUCAAGAGAAAGGGCCUAUCUCUCUCUAAUUGUGGAGGCUGGGCUUCCUUCGAUGAUACAUGGCUUCUCGAGUGCCUCGCCAUGACGUUCAGCGUCGCAUCGUUCAUGGCCAUCAUCAUCAUUCUGAGGAUCUGCGACCAGAAGCCAUCCCCCAAUCUGUCUUAUGGACUGACGCUCAACACAAUCGUCUCCUUACUAGCAGCGGCAUCCCGAUCAUCAUUGCUUUUCGUGGUGGCUGCGGCGGUUGGCCAAUUGAAAUGGAUCUGGUUCCAGCGCAGGGAACGCCCUGUCUCAGAUAUGCAGGCCUUCGACGAUGCAACUCGAGGGCCGAUGGGCUCUCUGAUUCUUCUCCUCCAGCACCAGGGGCUCUCACUCGCCUCUCUGGGGGCUAUUGUCACCAUAUUUGCAGUGGCUUUAGAUCCCUUCGUGCAACAGAUCCUGAGCUACCCAAUUCGACAAACGCCCAGCAGCACGGCUCAGGCGACAAUGCCCCAAGCGCGGACUUUCGCGCAAAACGCGAAUUACUACUCCUUCGUGGAGUACUUCAACGCUGCUCUUUGGAACACGGAUUUUGCCAUCGAUCCCACUUGCCCGUCCGGGAACUGUACCUGGCCCGAAUUCCAGUCCCUUGGCUUUUGCAGCAAAUGUCAGGAUGUGACUGCCUCAGCCUCCCUGUAUGGCUGCGAUCAGUGGACGUACGCUAACAUUUCCGCCGAUAAUGAAGAGGCUUCCUCCUCCUCCAAUCCCCAAGAGAUUUUUUGCCUCAUAAACGCCGGCCACGGAAAUAACGGCAGCGUCCCCAUUGAAUAUUUUGAUACAUUCAGGGGCACAUAUAUCCCCACGGCUGUCGUGUGGGCACUCAAUAGUCCGCUUAACGAGACUUUCUUGGGACUUGAAAGUCCGCUUGCCGUCUUCGCACAUGCCGAACUCGAAGCCGAAGCCGAUACCAACAUUACAAAGUUGGUCCGCGGACUCCGCAUUCGCAGCGUCCAGGAAUGCAUUCUUUCCCUCUGCCUGAAGACAUAUAAUGUUUCUGUCUCCUCCGGGACGUCGCUAGUCAAUGUCACCUCGGUUGACUACGGGAAGCGAUUUACUCACAAACUUCCAAACAAUAACGAACCUUACUUCAAUGACCUUGAUUGCUGGAGGCCCACCAAUCGAUCUGGUCCGUUCAAUUGGACUAAGCUACCCACGAAAAAUUGGGCCGAUACUGAACAAUUCGCCUUCUGUCUCCGAACGAGCAGCACAGAAUAUGGCGAGACCGGAUUUAUUUCUCUCUCAACCGACCUGAUUACCCCUCCGUUUUUGGGGUACUCGAGUGUGGAUUAUGUCGUCAACGAGAGCUCGGUGUGGACAGUACAGCCCUCCAGCGGCAAGAACAGCGCUGAUUAUGGGGCAGCGUUCGACAGAGUCAUCGACCUGGGUCUGGGGGCGGUGUUGUCAAACAUGGCUGCAGCUCUCACGAAGUACGCCUUGGAAACCAGCAACGAGUCCGCCAUCGGCACGGCUAUGCUCUCGCAAACAUUCGUCGCAGUAUCUUGGCAGUGGUUGACUUUCCCGUCCGUGCUACUCGUCCUGGGGUUUGUUUUUUGGAUCGCGACGGUGGUAGUCAACCGACGCCACCGACUCGGCUUGUGGAAGUCGUCCAUUUUGCCCAUGCUCUAUCAUGGUGCCGAGAAGGUUGACCCCGGGCUCAACAGUUCUGGAGCCGAGUACACCAAGAUCAGUCAGAUGGACGAGUCUGCACGGACUACUCAUGUCAAACUGGUUAAUAUAACGGAGAAUCGACUGCUGCUAGGAGGGAAUCAAUGA